ACAGCUUUUCCUCUGGUACACCUCCAUCUGCUCUGAAGUCUUCUGAUCAUCCACCAAAAAUUCCAUUUCAGAAGCAGAAAGCUGCACUAGGAAAUAAGAAGAUGGGAAAACCAGGCUUCCUGAGUUUACUAGCUGACAAGGAGGUCCGACCAUUCCAGAACAAGCAUAUUAUUCUCAGCUACCGGCUUCAACAUUAUGAGAGACCGUCAGGUGUGCUAAGGCUAAAAGACAUCCAGGAUUCAGAAUGCUAUAGUCGACUGGAAGUUAAAAUUCCAGUCCAUAAAGUAACUCACUGGUUUAAUGACUGCAUCCUUAAAUUUCCACCAAUUCAUACUACGUUGAUUGUUUUCAAGCCGCCGAGCAAAGACCAAAAGGCUAUGGAGGACUUUAGUUCUGUUGCUCCUCCUCCUCCUCCACCACCUCCACCACUGAAAGCUAAUCCAAAUGCGUCCUGGACCAAAAAUGCAAAACUUCAGGUGAACUUCUUAAGGGGCGAUGCAUGGUUUUGCAGCGAAGAAUGCCGCCAGUCGAGCGCCAUAAAAGACUUGGAAUUAGAAGCAAUUCAGGAGCUGGCCCUGAUGCUUCAAAGGGCUAAGAUUAAGCAGGCUAACAGGGCCAAAGCAGUAAAAGAAAGUGAAGUCGCUUCAGGCAAGGACAAGAACAAGGGCAAGGGGAAAGGCAUCUUUUUCAUCGGAUGA